AUGAGGUCGCUGCGCUGCCUCUCCGCGGAGGCCCUGGCGGCCCACAUCCCCGCCGCCGCCGAGCAGAGCCUGGACUGCGUGGCCCACGACCUGUACCCGCUGCUCUUUAAAGCUAGCUUCGGCCUAGAGCGCGCGGACGUGCUGCAGGCCUUGCUGACGCGCUGGCCGCUGGAGGAGUUCCGGCUCGGCGCACUGCUGGGGCCCAGCGCCGACCACCCCGAGGACCUGCGCGACCGGCCCUGCCGCCCCUGCCUCGAGGCCUGCGUGCGCGGCCUGGGCGCCCACGUUCUGCGCACCCAGAGCCGCACGCGCCUGCGGCUGGCAGACCUGACGGGCCUGCGUGACGUGCAGGAACCGCGGUGCCGCUGCGCCCAGCCGCUGGGCCGCUGGGGCCGCACCCAGCUACUGGCCCGGGCCUGCUUAGAGCUGCAGGCGGAGCCCCGCGCAGCCGAGCGCCCAGCCGUCCAAGUGCUGGCCGACCUCUUCGUCACCGAGGGCAAUUUUGAAGCGGUGGUGGGUGCCCUGAGGCCGGCGGGCCCGGCGCCACUGCACUUGCGCUGCGUCUCGUUCCGGGCCGACAGUCUGCGCCCCGCCCAGCUGCUCCAAGUGUUGCAGCUGGCCGGCCCCGGGGCGCUGCGCAGGCUGGACGUGGUGCACAACGUGCGGCUGCACGCCGGCCACGUGGAGCAGCUGCUGGCGCAGGUGCGCUUCCCCCAGCUGACGGCGCUCACGCUGCCCGCCAAGGCUUUUGACGCCCCGCCGGCCCAUCGCGGGCUCCCUGCCGAUGAAGACCACCACCUGGCCACCAUUGCCCAGGCUCUCAGCCAAAUGCCCCAGCUGACCGAGCUCAGCGUGGCCUUCUCCACGCUGACCGGCAGGGUCCAGCAGCUGCUCGGCCCCCUUCAGACCCCACUGCGGACCCUGGACCUGGCCAACUGCGCCCUGAACCACACGGACAUGGCCUUCUUGGCCGACAGCCCUCACGCCACCCACCUGGAGGUGCUGGACCUCAGUGGCCACGAGCUGCUCAGCCUGUUCCCAUCCACCUUCUUCCGGCUGCUGAGUCGAGCCGCCCCCUCCCUACAGAUCCUCACCCUGGAGGAGUGUGGCCUCAGCGACCAGCAUGUGAACAGGAUGAUCCUGGGCCUGAGCCCCUGCCUCCGGCUGCGUGAACUCCGGCUCCUGGGGAACCCACUGUCAGCCCGAGGCCUGCGGCGCCUCUUCAGCGGCCUCUGUGAGCUCCCUGGACUGCGCGGCAUCGAGUUCCCAGUGCCCAGGGAUUGCUACCCUGAGGGAGCUGCUUACCCGCAGGACGGGCCGGCUGUGUCCAAGUUCAACCAGGACAAGUACGAGGAGGUGGCAGGGCAGCUGCGGGCAGUGUUGCUGCAGGCUGGCCGCGAUGACAUCCAGGCCUCCACACCCCUCUUCGGGACCUUCGACCCCGAUGUCCAGGAGACGGGCCACGAGCUAGGGGCCUUCCUGCUGCAGGCUCUCAAGAGCGCUCUGGAGAAGUUUUCUAGGGCCCUAGAGCAGAUGGAGUAG